CCGCCGCGCUCUGGGCAACGCCGCCCCCCGGCCGGUGGCAGAGCCUUGUCGGGCGUCCUGUCGCCGCUGCGGCCAUAUUGACUGAGGGCUCGAAGACAAAGCCACCUGGAGACACCGGCUUGGCGUCAUCUGGGCACGACGGCGUGGGAGCAAAGUUCGUGGGGCGGUGUUGCCGCCAUCUCUCAGGAAGGCACCUUCUAGUCCUGGUUCUCCGGGCAUCUUCGGCCACCCGUGGGUCCUCGAGGGGCUGUUCCUGCUCCCCCGGCCCCAGACCCUUGGGCCGGGCCGGGGAGCAACCCGGAUCGCCUCUCCUGCAUGGACCCCGGCCGGUAGGGGUGGCGCUGGCCCGCCGCCGGGGUGGCACUUACGAUGGCGCCGCCCCCGGCCCCGCUCCCCACGCGGGAAUCUAACGGGGCUGGGGGCCAGUGGGGGACACCGGAGCCCGUGAGGUUCGCGGACGUGGCCGUGUACUUCUCUCCGGAGGAGUGGGCGUAUCUGCGGCCCGCGCAGAAGGCCCUCUAUCGGGACGUGAUGCGCGAGACCUACGGCCUCCUGGGCGCGCUCGGCUUUCGAGGCACCAAGCCAGCCCUCAUCUCCUGGGUGGAGCAAGAGGCCGAACUGUGGGGUCUAGAGGCCAGGGAUCCGGAGGUGGGAGAGUGUCUGACAGAGGCAGACACAGGUUCUAGAGACCUGGAAGAGAAAAGACAAAGAGAAGAGACAGAGGCUCUGGGGAAGAUCUUUUCUGUGGACGCUCAGCCUCCGGGGCUGACGGCUCUCAAACCGCUUUCCACUGGGUUUUCUGGUGGUUGGGAGCAGCCAUCCAAGAUGCCUCGCCGGGGUCGCCCGCCACUCUGCGCCCAUCCCCCGGUCCCCAGGGCAGACCAGCGCCACGGUUGCUACGUGUGCGGGAAGAGUUUCGCCUGGCGCUCCACCCUGGUGGAGCAUCUGUACAUGCACAAGGGUCAGAAGCCCUUCUGCUGCCCUGACUGCGGCAAGGGCUUCAGCCAGGCCUCCUCUCUGAGCAAGCACCGGGCCCUCCACCGUGGCGAGCGGCCCCACCGCUGCCCGGACUGUGGCCGCGCCUUCACCCAGCGCUCCGCGCUCACCACCCACCUCCGGGUGCACACGGGCGAGAAGCCCUACCGCUGUGCCGACUGCGGCCGCUGCUUCAGCCAGAGCUCCGCCCUCUACCAGCACCAGCGGGUCCACAGCGGCGAGACCCCGUUCCCCUGCCGGGACUGUGGCCGCGCCUUCGCCCACGCCUCCGACCUCCGGCGCCACGUGCGCACCCACACGGGCGAGAAGCCCUACCCAUGCCCAGACUGCGGGCGCGGCUUCCGACAGAACUCCGAGAUGGCAGCCCAUCGGCGCACGCACAGCGGCGAGCGCCCCUACCCCUGUCCUCAGUGUGGCAGGUGCUUUGGCCAGAAGUCAGCCGUGGCCAAGCACCAGUGGGUGCAUCGGCCUGGCGCCGGCGGCCGCGGGGGCCGGGCUGCCAGCGGGGUGCCGGCACCCUUGGCUUCUGGCGGCGGGGGGGACCUGGACCCACCCGUGGGCUUCCAGCACUACCCAGAGAUCUUCCAGGAGUGUGGGUGAUGGCCUCAAAGGUGACAAGGCAGAAGUUGAAGACCUAGACAUUGUCCGAGGCCCAGGGUGGCCUCAGGGGCCUGAAAGUCUGUGGCAGCUCCAGGGAGGUCACAGAAUUCCCCCCCCCAACCCCAGAGCUGGACCUGGGGUAUGAGGACUGGGUCAUCUUAGGCCCUCACCAGCUUGAUCUGCUGAUACUUGUUCCUUACUGGCCCAGACUCUAGGAGCACCCGGUUUGCUGAGUUAGGGCUGAGGGAAGAACCCCCACUGUGGGGAAGAAAAGGCUGUGGCUCAGCUUAGAUGUAAGAGGAUGGAGGUGGAGAACCGUGUUUUACCCUUUGACGUCACUGCAGAAGUUAAAAACUGGAGUUCCCGUUGUGGCUCAGUGGUUCACGAACCCAACUGGUAUCCAUGAGGACGUGGGUUUGAUCCCUGGCCCCACCCAGUGGGUUA